AUGCCGUGCGAACGGAUGAUGCCCAAAUGCGCUCAUUGCGGCUUGUCAACUAUUCCCUUCUCGACGUAUCGAUUGUCAAGCCCCAUUCCCCCGGUGGUGACGGUUUUACCGAGGCUGACAUCGCCUGCUCUUGGCGUGCGGAUCCAUCAGGGCUCCCUCCUGCGCCCUACCCGCCCGUUGCUCUACCGCAAUAUCGUCGCGAACACACUCGCGGAUACUCCCUCGGGGUACAUUCAAGACCCUUCCAACCAUCCUAGGCAGAUGGUGAGCUAUGAGCGUAUCUCCCCUCAGAGCCAGUCCGCGCUAGAGGCAAUCGAGAUGGAGAGAAAGUUGAUGGAGAGCGAGUCCCUCGCGUUUAGCGGGUACACGACGCUUCGGAUUCAGGAAAAUAAGAAGGUCCUCCUCACGGAGGCGAGUACCCUUGCGCAGCUCCAGAGCGCGGUUCAGACUCUUGAAGAGGAGCUCCCCCGUCUCGCAGCCCUUGUGGGAACCGUCGUCGAUAAGCCCAUUACGUCAGCGAAGCUGUUUCACCUGAAGCUUCAGCAACACCAGAGGCGCUUAUCAGAUAACAACGAUGUGUUUCACGUAGCACCGGCACCAUUGCCGGAGUACGAGAUCGUCACUGGUGAGGACGGUGAAGAUUGUAUCUUAAGAAGAAGAAAAAGACGAGAGGAUGACGUCGAGGAGAGCGAGGAGGCUCCCUUGCUGGAAAGCUUGGGGAAGGAAGAGCUCGACCCCGCGCUGAUCCAGCCGGAGAAGGUUGAGGUGACGGUUAGAGAUGUCAAUCACGUGCGCUACCUUCUCGGCGUAGGCUACCGUCGCUUGUCUAAAUUUGAGCUGGCGGAAACGGUGCUAAUGGAGAUCUUGAAUUCCGACAUCGGCAACGCGGACGCGAUCGAGUCCUUGUUAGAGAUGUACGCCGGGAUGAGUGCCGCGGGUCGGAUUCAAACGCUUCUGGAAUUCUUGUCAAGAGAGUAUAAGCGUGAAGCUAUUCGAGGAGUCGGGGAGGGCGGGCCGCAGGCCUCGGCCAACCCCACCCCCCAGCUGACGAUCCCCACGAGCGUAUGCGAGGGCGCCCACUCCGACGUAGUGCCUCCUGAUGAGGGCAUCCCCACCUAUGAGGACCACCUAUCCGACGAAGUGACCACCUCUUCGGUGUUGACGCCCGUGGAGCUCGCCGUUACCCUACUCGCAGAUAUGAUCGUCGAGGCGGCGGCUACGCACUGUGCAGAGCACGGCGAGGGCUCCACGUGCCGCUUCUUCCUGACCGCGCUCGAACCCUUCGCGAGGCACCUUGAGCGCGCGUUUCUAGGCCUCCUGCUGGAGGCACUCUUUCGCAGCAUCGAUGAGCAGCACUACCUGGCGCGAUUCGGCAACGCGGAGGCCGCCGACACCGAGGGCCCUGUCAGGUAUAACCAGGUAAGCCUAUCCCCGGACACCGUCAAGCUGGUGUAUGCGCUCGUGAUUGCGUUCCUCAAGACCCUUCUGGCGCGGCGUUUAGACGAGCUCGUGGUGGACCCGCUUCGGUUUCGCUUCUUUGUAUUGACAAAGCUGCACGCCGCGCUGCGCAGUGCGGGCCGGAAGCAUGAGAGCUACGCCUUCGCCAAACAACUUUUUGAUCUGUACCGAGCGAACUCCAGUCUGCACCGCCAGCGGAUGGCGGCGGCGGCGGCGCGUUCUCAAGGGGGGGAUCCCAACCACGCACCCGGCCCGAGCCCUGGCGGCGACCCCAACUCGAGUGCUACCCGCCGUCGCGAAGGUGAGGGGGAGGUGGGGAAGGGCGCACUGGACGACCAGGAUGCCAACUAUCAAGCCGCGCUCUUCCAGUACCUCCACGACCGCGCACAGGACUCCGCGGUGGAGGGCCGCCGCCUUUGCCUUGCCGCGAUGGACGAGUUCCCCGAGUCGGCCGCGCCCUGGGAAACGCUCGCGAUGUUGCUGCGCCGCGAAAACCCCGACGGGGCGGGGCGUGACGCGAUCACCGCCGCCCGUCGCGGGCUCCGUCUGGAGCCGCUUCGCCUGAGCCUCCUCCUGACCUGCGCGACGCUCUACCGCGAGGCCGGCCAGGCGGAGCUCUCCGCGUGGCUGUUGGACCGCUACCGUGAGGUGGGCGAUCGGCUGGGACAGGGCGUCGGCCCGGCGGGGCUGCAGGCCAUCGCGGAUGAGAUCCUCCGUGUCACGGAGUCCCAUGCGAUGCCGUGGGACACAUCGGAGAAGGGGGAAGCCGAGGGCACAGAGGGGAGGGAGGAGGGGGGCUUGUGA